UGGCUAACACGCGAUGACAUAGUGCUUGUCAACGAGGGGGGUGGGGUCAGCAGGGUCGGGCUGAGCGUUGACGAACGUGAUGCGAGACACCGCUGCAACAGCCAGAAGUGCAGAUGAAAGAGCGGAAGGAGACAUGGUCUCUAGAAGGUAUGAUCUGCGGUGGAGAACGAAUUGGGAUGUCGAGCGGUGAUGGCGCUACGUCGGGAGGAAUAGUGAAGAAAUGAAACAGAAACAGAACAAAGAAGGUUGAUGCGAUCAUUUCGAGCCAAAUGCAUCCUCUUCAAAUAGGUUUCGGCUAUCCCCGUUGUCAGCCAAAUUCCCUAGUGCACUGACCACUCCACGUGACAAAUAACACGUCGCGUUUAAACCCCGACGCGACUACGUUUAAAGAUCGAUAACCUUUCAAAUCAAAUCACCCAAUUCACCCUCAUCAUAACCAUCAUGGCAAAAUCAGCAACAGAAUCAACGACAAAGGCUGCAACAAAACGCGCAAACGCCAAAACCUCCAAGGCUGACAAGGAAGACAAACCAAAGCGUGCCCCAAGCGCAUACAACCUCUUCGUACAAGCCCACAUGAAAGAGUGGAAGGAUGCACAUCCCGGCGCACCCAUCAAAGAAGCCAUGUCCGAGAUUGCAGCAAUGUGGCGGGAAGCACCCGAGAACCCUAAUCGUGGCAAGGAGGUCAAACCCAGGAAGCCAAAAGCCGCAGCUGGCGCACCUAAAGCCAAAGCUAGCCGCAAGAAGAAGCAGACCCCACCGCCAUCAAGUGAUGCCGAGAAUUCCGGCGAGGUCAGCGAUGAGUAAUGCAUCGUUUUCUCUUCCGUUGCUCCUGACAUUAUAUUUCUCCGUAAUCAUUCACUGUACGCUUCCACAUUUCCCCUAAGUUGUAGAGCCUUGUGUAUGCUACAAUGUAGCUAUUUAUUCAGAUAGACGUCGCCGAAUACACAUAGCCUCUCCACUGUCGUGGCUUGAUCACACCGACAGUCUGGCCCUCUUCGGCUGGUGCCCGAAAAUAUCUAGGGAGAUUUACCUUGCUUCCUUCGAUGUCUAGUGUACAUUUAAAUCACGC